UUUGCGAUCGAAUGUGCGAUUAAUUUUUUUGGACUUUGUGGUGGUUGUAAAAUUUUAUAUUUUUGUUGAGCGUGAAAUGUGGUAUUAGUACUAACUUUAUUUUUGUAUGUGAUUUAAAAUUAAAGUGACAAAUUGUGAAUUUAGUGAAAGUUAUUUUAUCCUGGAUUUUGAAGAGAAUGAACCACCACCUUCAACGCUCCGAAGUAAAAAAAAGAAGAUAACAGUGCUAAACCAUGACUAUUAAUUUAAGUUUAUCAUGUGAACAACCAAUGUGACCUAAACAAAAACUAGUGCCAAAACAAUGCUUUGCUGUAGAGAAAUUAAACUACUCUACGCAACUAUUGUUCUGUUACUUGAGGCAGAGUUGUUGGUGAACACGGGUGCUAUGGAGUCGAAGAGAUCUUCAGUUUUGGUCGCGCAGAAUGCGGACGACCUGAAGUCUUUGGAGUUGUGUACGACGAGGAAUCAGCAAAGGCUUGGAAGUGUCUUUGGGAACUUCACGAGGCAUCACAAGAAAGGUCACAGAAGAAGAACGACAACCACAUCAUCAACUCCGACAACUGUAACUCAUUCAACAAUACAGGGAGAUAUAUCCACGAGCGAGUACACAACAACAGAAUAUGUUCCAACAACAUAUCCCAAACUCCCGAAACCACUUCGCCUAUCACUACUAUUAGAUAAAGAAUAUAAUGACGAUGUACAUAAUAUAGAUAAUAUUAUUGAUGAAAUAGGUAGAGGAAGACACAGUAAACAUGAUAGGAUAACAGAAGAAGAAAUAAUUAAGGAAUUAGAUGAACCAUCACUAUCUAAUUCCAUGAAUAGAGUUAAGAAAAUGUACAGAGAUUCAGCGGCGUCAGUCGUUAAUAAGUUAAGUGGGAAAAGCGGUAAAGCUGGUAUAUUUUUAACUGAAAACUGUACGUCAGUUAUAGCUCAAAUAGGAACAACAGCAAUACUCCAUUGUGAAGUUAGUGAUAUCACUGAGAAUACGGUUACGUGGAUAAGAAGAAAGGACUACUCAUUGUUAUCAGUGGGUUUGGUCACCUACAGUGCUGACAGCCGGUUCUUCUCGGCUCAUGGGAGGCAUGUCAAGGACUGGGCGUUACAUAUACGUUUCGCGACGUCAGCGGAUGGUGGGUACUACGAGUGCCAGGUCCCCACACACCCGCCUACCAGUAUCUUCUUCAAGCUCGUUCUAGUCGCGGCAUACGCGGAGAUAGUCGGCGAGUCAGAGAAGAUUAUCCAUGAAGGUUCUAUGCUGAGGCUCGUGUGUGUCGUCAAGCGGUCCACGGAGCCUCCGUCAUAUGUCUUCUGGUACUUCGAGAACCGGAUGAUCAACUAUGAUUUAAAUGGCGUCAGCGUCCACAAUGGACGUCAAACCAGUGAGCUGGUGAUCGGCAAAGCUGAACCGCGGCACGCCGGCAACUACACCUGCGUCCCAGCUAACGCAAAGGCGGCUUCCGUCACUGUCCAUGUUGUACAAAGUGAAACACCAGCCGCGAUGCAACACGGCAACAACUCUUCGGCCGUCACCUACCAGACACAUUUACUGAUUCAACUGUUAACCAGUAUUAUUGCUCUAAGAAUGUUAAUUGUACAGAACCACCAGGAAUUUGGAUAACGUCUUGUAUUAUAAUAAUGUUGUUGUAUUUAAAGUUCUGUGUAAAACAAUACUCUCUGAUGUUGAUGUUUU